AUGUUCUCCAAGCGAAGGCGCGCUGCCUCCAAUCCGCCCCAGCGAGCAGCGCCGCCGCCGAGCGCAUCCGCAGCGCUCGCAGCCACAACGGCCUUUGUCCGAAACCAGGCCUCGGAUGCCAAUCUCUCCAACGCCGCCGCCGCCGCCGCCCUGCGCUCCCACACGUCGAGCCCCAUCCCUGUCGGCGACGUGGUGACGAAGCGCAUGGUGCGCCGCGGCUCGACCUCAUCGCAAGGCAGCCAGCGCCCCCAGGGGCUGCGUCGCCAGUCGAGCGCCGGCUCCAUGACGGAGCGCUCCUUUCGCAACGCCUCGCCUGGCAGAGGCAGCCCCGUCGCCGUCCCGCCCGUUCCUGCCGUGCCUCGGAUCCUGCAUGGACGCGCAGCCAGCCUCGAGCCCGUCCACCGCCGCGGAGCCUCACCGACGCAACGAGGGGGAGGCGCAGGCGGAGGCGGAGGAGGAGGAGGAGGAGGAGGCAGAGGCGACAGCGGCGCCGGCCCGUCAGCGAACGCCGGCAGCACACAGCGCGUGGGGAGCCCGCUCGCCCAGGUCUCCGAGGAGGGUCAGGACCAGCGCCAGUCGAUCAACUUCUCGCGCCCCAUGUCGCCAGCCCUCAGCGUCACGGCUGGCGGGCCCUCGGCCACCCACGCCUGGUUCACCGGGCCCGUCGUCGACCACGAGGCCGUCCAGCGCAUGGCAUCGACCUCGCAGCCCAAGAAGGCUGCCGCUACCACCCGUCCAGCGAGCACCCACCAGCUGAAGCCCGCUGGCACGGCCGCGCAGUCGCGCUCCUUUCUGCCAGCAACAUCGCCGUCACCGCGACCCGUCGACCCAAAGUCGCCCGACGCCGUCUACGAUCCCUCGACCCGCACCUUCAUCCACAAGCAAGACGCCAUGCACAUACACCGCGAGCAGCACCAGCAGCCCGACGACCCUGCCCACCGCUACGUCGCACAGCACCUCCACUCCGCUGCGCCCAUGCACGCCGCCCGCGCUCGCACGCCAAGCCCUCUCCGCUACACCGUGCAGCCAGAGCAGUCGCCUCCCCCGUCCGUGGCUCAGCCUCUGCUGCCCGAGCCGCACACCGCUGCCGACACCCCACGAUACGAGGAGCGCCCAAUCAGCCCCCCUCCAUCACACCCGAGACCUGCCCCUGCCCCUGCCCUGGCACGGCAACGCCCAGAGGACUACACCAACACCGACAUCAAGCCAGUCGACCUUGUCCCCAUAGACUUGGGCCAGGCCAACACGCACCAAGAGCCAGAGAGCGAUCUCUCCCCCCGCUUCACACCCAACAAGGAUAGCGCCUACCCUCGCAUCGGCUCACCACCAGACACAGCAUCCAACCCACGCGUGGAGCAGGUUCGCGGCCAUGUCCGCACAGAGCGACCGGCGUCUCUGAGCCCAGCCCGCCACGCUACCUUCGCGCCCACCACAAUCGAGUUUGCUGGUCUGAAGCAUGAGCCCCUACCGCGCUCCGUGUCCCCUGCCAAGUCGGCUCUGAAAUCCUCUCCUUCCGUCUCCAGGCGCAGCAAUUCGCCUCUUGCGCCGAACGGACUUGGAUUCGCCAAGGCCGCCUCUGUGAGCGGUGCAUCCGACACUGCAUCUGAAAGCGGUUACGGGAACAAGAAGAAGAAGACAGUGCGAGUCAGCUUCGAGCAGGAGCCUGUGCUUGCUGGCCACUCCGCAUAUGGCGACAUGGAUGCCCCAAGCUCUCCCGCAGGACCCACACCUUACCAGCCGAUCGCAGCUGCCCAGACCGAAGACGAGUUCGAGGACUUCAUGAAACCACGACCCGCGUUGCCGUCUUUUGGAAGCGUGCGAGACAAGACCCGCCCCCGCGACGAAGACGAUGUGCCGCAGAAGGUUACCGAGACCGUGUCCACACCCAUGUCGGCAUCUGUGGCGUCUGUGGGAGAGCCAAUGGAGGCCUCUACCGACCUCGGCUUGGCACACAUCGUAGCUCAGGACUUUGCUUCCCAGAAGACGGCUACCGGCGAUCCUCUACCGCCACAGCUGGCUUCGGUCGAGGGCAGUGGCUAUGCAUCGGACUCGAAUUACUCCACCGAUGGCGAGUCGAGCAUGCGCAAGCACGCUGAUCCGGCAACGGCUCCACAAACACUGCCUGUUCCUGAGCCUAAAUCUCUGACAAAGCCGGCCGCAGCACAGCCUUCCACCCUACCAAUCAUCUCCGAACAGGUUGUCCAAGUGCCUAACAUCGCGGUUCUGCCGGCGACACCCAGCCCUUACGAGCACGCCGAGCCGAGGUUUCAGAGCAUGUCCGCGCCUGGCGGCUGGAACGACGAAGAGGAGCAGCAGCCUGUUGCAUCCGCAUAUGCACCUGUGCAGUUCGCACCGAUCCAGACCCCCGCUUCUUUCCAGCAGCAGCUGAGCGAACCACCAAGCAGCCCAGGUCACGAUGGCGAUACCUCUGAUGACGACAGCAGCGUGUACAGCGAUGCCUAUGAAGAUGUUUCUGACAUGGAGGGCGGCUUUGGCAGCAUCAACGCCAUUGUCGAAAGCCCCGUGAUUGGCUCAACUCCAAGUCCCGGCUUGAUGAACUCAAAGUACGCGGACAAGAGCGUCACCGAGAGUCCGACCCCGCAGUCCAAGAGCGACACCCCGAGCCUUGCCAGAAACGAGCCUGUAGACCAAGUGACUCGUGACUGGGAAGCUGCAAGAGCGCACUGGAGUGGCGUAAACCGACCGAGAGAUCACGAUGACGCGCAUGCCACACAGAGUCCCGCUCAUGUCGAGAGCGUUGCUGCUCGUGUACUGCAAGCCCCUGUGCAGGAAGAGCAACUCCGAGCACAGCACAAGCCUACUGUGCAGCCAGCUACGAGGGCCGUUGCCGAGACUAGACCACGUGUAUCCAUGUCACAAGCACCACCCAAAUCAUCCGUGUCUGCUCAGCCCACACAGACACCGGACAGGCCUCUCAAGUCUGCUCUCAAGAAGUCUACACCAUCACCUGCACCUGCGCAGAAGGCUUCCGGUGUGCCCCAAAUGAGAACCAGCAUGCGGGGCGCUUCUCCUAGAGAUGCAUCCUCUGGGCAAACACAGAUGAGAUCCACCAUGCGAGGGAAUGCAAGCCCUGGACCGAGAGCCGCACCACAGAUGCGCACCAGCAUGCGUGGCAAUGGUCCCGCACCUACCACUAACAUGGCUCUGGCUGCAUCUCGCCAGAGCGUGCCUGUUGACCCGAAGCCACCAAGAGGCGCACUGCAGAAGAAGCACAUCCCAGCCGGUGUAGCUGCCUCGCAAGCUCGACCACAGAGUCUUCCAGCCCCUGCGCCUAGGAAAGCCACGGCCCCAGCGCCGACAUACGACAGCGAUUCCGAUGCAUCAGCAAGCAGUUUCCAACGCAGUCGAGCCCGUCGAAAUAACGCGGGUGGCUUUGCUAGGACAUCCAUGAGAGGUGGACCUUCAGGUCCUACCAUGAGAGCUGCUGCGCCCGCCCCUGCCCAGGUUCGAUCUAUCUCGCCAUCCAGAGUCUCUCAAUCCACCAACCGACCUUCCAUGCGGCCGUCCUCACCAACACCAGAGCCCGCGAAGUCGUCGAGAUUCAGCAUCAGAUCCUUGUCACCCGGAGGACGUUUCCGCAAGAAGCCCAAGGACGAGCCGCCCAUGCCUGCGCUUCCUCGGUCGGUGCCAAAGCCAGCUACAGUCAGCAGGCAGCCCAAGGGGAAGACGCCAGCUCCAGCCAGAUCCAGCGCCUUUAAGAGCCGCUUUGUCGAUUCUAGCGAUGAGGACGAAGCCCGACCAAGUCGCUUCACAAGUCGAUUUGAGGACUCUGACUCCGAACCUGAACCAUACGAGCUGCCUCCCGAUCUGACUCCCGUGCGAGGCAUCCCACGCAAGGCUGGCGAGGAAGACGGCGAUUCUACAGAUCUCGAAGAGGAGGCCGAAGCGCCCAAACCUUCCGCGUCAGCUCCUGCCAAUGCGGCUGUCACCAACGGACAUGGCAACGACGCAUCGACUGCACAGGGGACUGCCCUGGCCGCGGGAUCCUUGCGCGACAGCAAACACGCUCCCUCGUCACCUGAAACAAAAACGAAGCGUGGCUUCUUCGGUAUGGGCAAGAAGAAAACCGCCCCUGCACCACCUCCAGCCGCCGCGCAGACCGCCCGGCCACCAACCUCAGAUAUCCCUUUACCACCUCAACCACGUAACCGUGAAAUCGGCGGUCCCCUGACACCGAUCGGCGAAGACGAAGACAAGGAGCUUGGCGCCUCGCCACCAGCAAUCACUGCUUCCCCACAAGCCAAGCAAUCACCUAGAGCACCCAAGCUUCAGCGCCGGUCAACCCCCGAGUGGCCGCUCGCACCACCGCCGCCUAUCACUGGCGAACAGCGUCCGAUGAGCUCAGACGGUGUCGCCCAAAGACCCCGCUUUGGCAAGCGACAAUCAAGCCAGAUUUCCACUGCCACCUCGCCUGUUCUUGAUGCUCAAGGCCGGUCCGUGAGCUUCGGACGGACGGGGAAGAAGAAGAAGUUCCAGGGCCUUAGGCGGGUCUUUGGAAUCAACGAUUAG